CUGAAAUUGCAUUUGGAAGCGAUCUCGGUCAUUCACUAGCAGGUUAUUUGUCAGAAGUUAAUAAUAGCACAAACUCUGCUCAAUAUCCUUUCGGAAUCUCUUUUACAACUAGUAUGCCAAGCGCUAGUACAAGCAAAACUGAUUUGUCUUAUUACGAAAAAAGAACAGCUCAUAAUGCCCUUGAACGUCAAAGACGUGAAGGUCUUAAUGUUAAAUUUCAAGAACUUGCCCAUGUUCUACCUGGACUUCAACAAGUAAGACGUCCUAGUAAGAGUAUGAUUGUUAGCAAAUCACUUGAAUUUGUAUCCUCUGCUUCCAAGAGAGAAACCGACUUCAAAGGCCAAUUAAGUACUCUCAAAAAGGAAAAUGAACAGUUACUUCGCCAAGCUGAUCGUAUCAAAAGAAGCAUGAAGAAACGUAAACAAAGGGUAGCCAAUGCAUCAGGAGCCAAGAUGCAUCAAAAGAAAAAGUCAGCCAUUGAGAGAUCACCUUCUUUAGACAGCCUCAAAUCAGACGAAGAUGAUGAAGAUGAUGAAGAUGAUGAAGAUGAUGAUGGUGAUGAUGAUGAUGAAGAAGAAACCAAAUCAACUGAAGAGACAAAAUCUGUAGACACCAAUACCAGCAAUGUUUCAAUUGAAAAGAAAUCACCCACUGCUUUUCUUCCGACACCAAAGUUAGUCAUUCGACCUAGACGUACAUCAAGCAACCUGAAGGCGCAGGUGCGAGGCAUAACUUUGCCCACUAAUACAAAAGCACUUAUUGAUCGUAUCAGUUAUUCUCCUCCCGUUGGUGCUAGCCCAAAUAAGAGAAAUAGAGAAGGAAGUGACUCUCCAGCCGAUCCUAGUACUACUCUUAAUGAUGAUCCUUUUUUCCCUACCACCUCUUAUUCAUCUCCUCCUUCUUUUCCUCCCUCAUCUUCAUCAUCAUCAGCUGUACACAGCUUGAAAAGACGAAGAAGGUCAUUGAGCUCCAAUAAUGUUUCUUCAUCUAGCUCAUUUGUGUCACCCCCCACUUUGACUGUUUACCAAGGACCGAUUCGACCAGAUCAGUUUAUGGUAAACCCCGUGGUAAAUAUUCUACCGCUCUCUUCGUCAUCUAAUAGAAGACCAGAAACAUCCAUUUCAAGUAGCAGUCCACAAUCGUCUAGCUCUGACUUCCAGUUUGAUAUUGCUAGUCUUGGCACUGAACAAACCUUUUACAGCUAUGAUAAUCAGCACCACUCAAAUAGCACCAUCUCAGCUAUCCCAGCAGUUCGGAUGCCUAUUGUAAAUAAUGAUAUGUCAUCUAGUAACUAUGUCCCCAAUGAUUUUCUUGCAUCCGCUAUAUUAGAAGACUCAGAUGAUCAUCUUUUCUCGUGGGACAACUAAAUAUAUAAGAAAACCAACCAAACCCUAUGUCUUUGAUACCUUUUUUUUCUUUUCUACGAAUAGAAUACUCCAAUACCAGAAAUGAUCAGCGUUAAGCAC